AACCCCAAGCGGUUGCGUGACGCGCGCACGCGCACGGAGCGAAUGUUGGUGGGAGGAGUGAAGGCCGUUUCCGCCGCUAUCGUAGCCAUGUACCACUCUAGCAGUGGCCGCUCCAGCAUGUCGUCCUCUGCCUGGCCGGGCUCCCGCAGCUCCCGCUCCGGCGCCUCCACGUCCGGCUCGACUCGAGGCCGCAGCCCGCGCCGCUCGCGCUCGCCCUCUCCCCGGGGCCGCCGCCGCCGCCGCCGCUCGCCAUCCAGCAGCCACUCCUCUCGCCGCUCGCCGUCCCCGCGCCGCACGAAUCGGGCGCGCUCCCCGUCCCUGGGCCGCCGGAGCCGCCGCGAGUCCGAGCAGCGGGACGGCAGCCUGAGCGGGAGACUAUCUCCAGGGAGGCAUUCAAGCUCUUCACAAAGGAAUCCACAAUUUCUGGGCAUUUGUUCUCCAAGUCGACACUGUGAAUCAUUAGUGGAACACAGCUCGUGGCCUGAAUUUGGCUGUGACUUUUAUGACAGUGACCUACGAGAGCAAAGGAGACUUUCUGACAGACUGGGCUCUCCUGAUAGCCUAAGUGAUGGUGACAGGGGUUACUUGGAUGGUGGUUCAGUAUUUGUCAGAGACCUUUCACAGUCCCGAAGACUUGAGCGAUAUUGUUCUCAUCAGGAAAGUCCUCCUAGUUCUUUUAGUGCAAGAUAUGACAAGGACUAUCGUGCUAGGGACACCUUCCUUCGCCAAUCAAACUGUAACAUGAAUGAAUCCUAUCUCCAGGAUCUAUCAAGAGAAUCGGACAGGGAAGACAGACUGUUUACAAAAUCCUUACAAUUGUCAGGGGAGGAGGGACUUAAUCCAAAGCACCCUCAAUAUGACAGAGAAGACAGGCAGCUUGAUGUGAGCACAGAUCCCCAGGGUUCUUUAUCAGAAAAACAAAAUUACUACAAAAGAAGGCUUAGUGGAAGUCCGCGUCAAAUAUACCCUGAUGAGAAUUUCAAGAAAUCUGGAAGAAAAAGAGAACUGGAAGAGCUGGACAAAAAUAAAAGUCAAGAUAGCCCUGGCAGUGAUUACGUGAUCUGUAGCUUGACUAACUCUCCGCAGUUUUCUGAAUCUCGGUGCCUUUAUACGCCCAACGACGCACUAGCAAUGCCCAAAAAAUCAAUCCUGAAGCAACAGGCAGAUGAUCCUUCCAUGCAGAAUUUUGGGAGAUUUUUGAAAGAAAAGGAGUCGGUAUCAGAGUCUGCAAACCUGCAUGAUGACUUCCUGCUUCCUCAUGAAAGAGCCAGCCAGGAUGGGAGUGGCUUUUCACACAUUCUGGGCAGAGUGACUGAUUUGACUAACGCUCAAGAGAACAGAAGGCACAGCUUCCUUGAUGUUGAUGACGAAGAGAAAUUUCUUUAUGGUGAUGAGGAAGAGGACUCGAACAGUCACUUCCCUUCUACUGAGAAGUUAACAGCCAAUGGCGGCAAAGAAUCCAUAAGCCCAAAGAAAAGACCUCUUUCUCCUAUCAAGUCUGUAAAACUAGACAGUUUGGAAGAGUCCAGAAUAGAGUAUGAGAAGAUCCAUGACUUGCUCAAAACAGUUGGUCUUGACAUUGGGGUGGCUGAAAUUGGUAAGGGUGCUGCCCGUACACAGGAACGACUCCAUGGGAAAAAAACACUGCGCUCUGUAGAUGGUCAUUCAGUGGUUUCUCAUAAACCAGACUCUAUUGAGAAGGACUGCAUUCAAAGCAGGACUCAUUCUGCAGAGUCACAUCAGAAAAAUUCUUCAUCACCCAGUGGUUGUUCCCAGCCAUCUAAUGAUGUAUCUUCUGCAUCGAUAUCAGAGCAUGCUAAAAGCAAAACACAGGGGUACAAUAAUUCUGCUGACACGCCAGAACAAUUGUUUCCUCCAGCAUCUGUAACUCCGUCAGCACCACCUCUUCUUCCUAACUUGCCUCCAGCAUCUGUAACUCCAUCAGCACCACCUCUUCUUCCUAACUUGUCUCCGGUAUCUGUAACUCCAUCAGCACCACCUCUUCUUUCUAACUUACCUCCGGUAUCUGUAACUCCAUCAGCACCACCUUUUCUUUCUAAUCUGCCACUUCCUGCCCCCCCAAUAUCCCAGUAUUCAGUAUCACACUUUUCAUCAUUCCUUUCAUGUCAGGUACUGCAAAAUUAUCCUCAUCCCACAAUGAAAGAGCCAGCCAUAAUGGUCCCUCGUAGAUGUAACACAUAUGGACACGGUAUGCCUUAUUCAGCUUCUGCCUGGCCCAUGUACAGUCCUCCCUGGCGAUUUAAUCCCGCAUUUCCAGACGUACACAGGUUUGAGACAGUGACUGUACCACCACAUCGUAACCUGUCCAACCUCACAGCUAUUAAGAAAGUUACAGUCAAGAAGAAGCCUAAAAUCAAGAAAAAGUAUGUGCUUUUGGAAGUCCCUAUUACUCCUACUGACUCCAGAUUGCUCGAUCAGUCUCCUAGCAGUGGCUCAACUGAAACAAUAUCAGGUGGAGAAAAUCCAGCUUCUAUGAAACCAGAAGUAAUGGAUGAAAAAGAUGAGCAGACAGGUGAACAAGAAACACAACAGAAGAAACUGCUGUACCUGAAGACUGAGUUGGAUAGAGUGUCACAACAACAAAAAUCACCGGACAGCUGCACCAGAAUUUGGAUCAUCGGCCACAGUGUGGUACACUGGACUGGCGUGUACGCGUCUUCGUCCGUUUGGGGCACGAACCUGCACCUUGGACAAGGCGUGGAUGUGGUGUGGCUCAGUUGCCAUGGUAGGCGGUGGGAGUCCCUGUUGCCCACCAUCCGGUACGUCCUCGGCAGGUUGGAACCACCUCAGGCGAUUGUGAUCCAACUGGGAGAGAACGAUCUGCCCACAUUGUCGUGCCUGGAGCUUUCCACACAGAUUAAAACCAGCUUGUAUGAGCUUAGGGGAUUACUCCCGGAUGUGAAACUUCUCUGGUCCCACCUUCUGCCACGGCUCCAUUGGAGUGGUGCCAGUGACGCCAAGAAGGUGGAUGUGACACGUCGGAAGGUUUCCAAAGUAGCAGCUAGGGAGGUCCGGGUUCUCUGUGGAAGCGCAAUCCUGCACCCGCGCAUACGCCCCCAGGUGCCCGCGCUUUACAUGUCCGACGGCGUACACCUUUCAAAGCUAGGCAUGGACCUGUGGCUUGGGGCCGUGCGGCAAGCCUUGAUGGAAUGGCUGGAUUUCCAGCGUUGCAAUUAGGGUGGGCUGGGCGCUCGAGGGCAGCACGUUCCCGUACUCCCGCAUGUAUAUUUGAGUGCCAGGGCACUUCAAGCCAGACGGUGUACGCCUUUCCAAGUGAUACGGAGGCAAGGGGUUUAGGGCCAUAUGGCGAGCCUUGUGCGAUCUGCUGGAUUGCUGUGAAGCUGUGGCGGUUUGGGUAGAGGGGCGCCUCUUUUGGGGGGGGCGAGCUUGCGUGCCGGACCUCCCUGUCUAUGGGGCCUCCAUAAAAAGCUUGGAGCAGGGCGGGCUAGGAGCGCAUGCCGCAGAGGCCUCUGCAAGCGAGCCUGACUCCCCAGCAGUUUGGGGGCCACGAAGGAGGGGCAGAUGCCCUGUGGCCCAGUACCUCUCUGUCCUCCCCAAUAAGAUUGGGGUUGAAGCCAGGAUCAGCAAUGGAUGCUGACUGGCAGCUAAUGAUGCACUCCUCUUGCUCGCCCAGCUUCUGUAUAAUAAAGGGCUGCGGCCCAAUUCAAUCCAA